AUGGGUCUCGUUCAUGUCCAAGACCUCCUUGCCUUUCCUCUGGGCGACAACAGCAGCGAUACACUGAUCCAGGGCAUACAUUGGAAUCUCACUACUCUGAAGCAUUGGAACUACUCUUAUUAUUCCAACCAGACACUCUCCAAUGGCUCCCGCUGCUUUCUCCUAUUCGAGCCUUACACGCCUUUCCUCCUCAAAAAUGGAACAUUCCUCAACAGCACAUCGUGCUACUCCCCUAUCCUACCUAUAGGGGCACGCUCCACGCUUGGCCUGGCAUUUGCCUGCUUCUUUGCUCUUAGCAUUGCCUUCACGCUUGUCAACUUACGAAAACAUGGAAACCUGCUUUUGCCAAGGGAGAAACACUUUCUCACGGUGGGCCGGAGGUGGCAGUGGUACUGGAUGCUGGCCGUUGCUGCUUUCGCAGUUAUAAGCGGCAUGUCAAACAUUGAUGUGGAUCGCUAUUAUCUCCCCGAGUUUCCCCUCGUCUUUUCGAAUCUCUUCUGGUACUUGAUGCUUCCGACUACAAUGGCCGUGGUAUGGGAGAGUGUUCGUCAUUGGGGAAGUUGGCAGGAGAGACAGUUCAUCGAUUCAAACCCAUUCGUGUUGCGGCAGGGUGACCGGAGAAGUAAAGUGGAAUCAUAUUUACCUUUGCUGUUCUACUUCUGCUUUUGGAUGAAUCUCUCCAUGGCCAUCCCUCGCUCCUGGACCAACAUCGAAAGACAACGCUCCCCAGAUCAAAGUGCCACAUUUGCCCGACCGACCGCAACUGACGCCCGCUUUAAUGUGGCCGCCAUGUUCCUCUUCAUCGGUUGGUUUACCACUGUUUACUCCCUAAGACACUCAAUCAAACACUACAAGCCACACAAUCUCCGCCCCUUCAAACUGACACUUGAAUUUGCCACAUACGCUCCCAAGAAAUUUCUCCUCUCCAUCCCUCUGGCUUUUGUUCUGGUAUGCUACGAAGCGGCUUGCUCUUUUGACUUCUCCAUCUCGCCUCUAAACAUCAACGCGAACCUCGGCAUGAUGUACGGGAUCGGCUGGGGUAUGCCCGCUCUCAUCCUCCUGGUUUACGAAAUCUCAGGGUAUUUCGACCCGAACGAAGACCAAGAAUUGAUUAAGCAGCGACGAAUUCGCGGAGAGGAAGUUGACCGUCAGCAGGGUAUUGUCAGAAAACCACUCUGGUGGCGCCGUCUGCACGGUGGUAACCAGCAGCUUAGUGUGCAGGAGCAGAUUGCACGCAAUUUCAGAGAAACAGAUGGCGGCCGGCCGACGGCUCAGAACCUAGAGAACAGCUUCGAGAUGGAAGAUAUGUCGGCUCCUGCGCGGGACGAGGGUCGACGCAACAGAAGAGAGCCAGAUGUAUCAUGCAGCGCAGCUAGUCUUCGAUUCCCGGUGAGUAAUCAAUUUGAAGAUGCUCCCAGGGGCAGCAGUCCUGGAGAUAGUAGACUAGGAGAUGCAAGGGGACCAUUGAGGCAUGCCAGAGGAGUUAGUACAACUACUGGAGCUUCUGUUGAUGGCCCAUCGCAGCAGAUCAGGUCGAUGCUGGAUGUUUGAUGAGCUUGUCUACUCUGAUACCGCGAGGUGUACAGGGUUGAGUCUGGAUUUUGGAAAAGGGUCUGGCCUGGCUAAGCCUACAGUAGGCUGCCUGUAAUACGGCAUAUGACAUGGAUG